UUUCUCCUGGUCUCCCCGCCGGUGCUCUUUGAUUAUGCCUCUCAACUUGUUCCUCGUUCCUCACGCUCGCGCCGACUGAGGCUUGGGCAGAGUCCCCAGCGACCGAGUUUGGGGUGGGGCUGUAGAGACCAGUCCUGCGAUUUCCGGGAAGGCUCCUAUGCGAGCCGUCCAGAAAGGCCUUCUCUCCAGCCUCAAUACUUGUGGACCCGGGCCAGGUCAGACGCCGGAGGCCAGGGCCGUGGCCUCCCGAGGGGCGCCCUAUGGGCGUCCUCACGUGCUCGCCAAGGUCCACCUCCCGGGCUUCUUUCUCAGGAGGGGCACUUAAUCCAUCCUCUUCCUUUUUUGUUCGUUCGUUGAUUCACAUCUUCAUUCCAUCAUUCUUCUUGGAGAACUUCUCAAUAUUGGAAACACACUUGACAUGGUUGUGCAUCUGUUCUGUUUUUGUAACUGCCGUCAAUCUAGUAUUAUAUUUAGUAGUGAAACCAAAUGCAUCCUCUAAAAGAAGUUCAUUAUCAUAUAAGGUAACCAGGUUUUUGAAAUGCUGUAUCUACUUUCUUAUGUCAUGUUUCUUCUUUCAUGUAAUUUUUGUUCUGUAUGGAGCACCACUCAUAGAGCUGGUGUUGGAAACAUUUUUAUUUGCAGUUAUUUUGUCUACUUUUACUACUGUACCUUGUUUGUGUUUGUUAGGACCAAACAUCAAAGCGUGGGUGAGAGUUUUCAGUAGAAAUGGAGUUACAUCCAUUUGGGAGAACAGUCUUCAGAUCACUACAAUUUCUAGUUUUAUAGGAACAUGGCUUGGCGCCUUCCCUAUUCCACUCGAUUGGGAAAGACCAUGGCAGGAGAGAAUUGGAAGUUAAUAUUCAGAGCUUUUGUGCCUAGAGAACCUACAACUGCCUUUAAACUCCGCACUUGAGUGCUGCUAUCUCUAAAAUGGAAUUGAACCAGAUAAUCACAUAUCUUCUGAGUAUACGUAUUUCCUAUAAAGUUAAAAAGCAAAAUUGAGCAUUUUUUAAAAACAAUUUAAAAUUGUUUAAAAAUAUUUGUACUUAUUCCUAUAAUCUAUAUAAGGCAUUGUUAUAUUUAAAAACACUUUUUUGUUUUCUCUAGUUUUAGGUUAAAAAUUUUGUGAAAAAUAUAUAUUCAUUUUCUAAAGUCACAGAUGCUACAGAUAAUGCAUAAAUUGAAGCUAGGGAUCAUAAGGAUUACUGGAAAUACUGCUAGAGUGAGGGAUAAAACUAAGAUCAUGGAUUUAAUUAUUAAAGGGUGGCAUGUUUUUAGGUUAAUUGGUGUUUCUGUUAUCAAAGGUAUUAUACAGUGUUGUAGGCAGACCAAAAUAAAAUACUAACAUAUGAAUAGGAUUUAUGUUUCAAGCAUGAGGAAAAAAAAAAAAACCUAUAUAAUAUUUAACUGACAGAAAAUGUUUUAUAUUUAUUAUUUAUUUUUUUAAUAUGAAAUUUAUUGUCAAAUUGGUUUCCAUAUAACACCCAGUGCUCAUCCCAACAGGGGCCCUCCUCAAUGCAAUGGUUUUGUAUUUAAAAGGUGGGUUCAUUGUAUGGUAAUCAUGCUGAUAAUACUCUGCUGGCAGGACUUCCACAUGAGAAAGACUGGUGCUAGCCAGGUUAAUUUAUUUUCACAAUCUUGGCAAGGAGCACUAUAGGUUAGCAUCACUUCAACAAAAAGUUGCAGGUUGGAGACUACACACCUCUCCACAAAUAGCUCUUCUAAAUGUGUGCUUGG